GGGCGGCAUCACGUGACCCAAAAUGGCUGCGUUUAGAGGUUAGCAUGUACCCGAUUCUACAAAUGAACUGUUUUUUUCUGCAAGAAUGAUGAGUUUCGCUUAUAUCCUUUAUUAUACUUGUAUUUUUAAUAGCAUGGCGUGGUCUAGCUGAAAGUAUCCUACUAAUCGGUGGAUGGAAUGGAAAAUUAAGUCGUAAUGAAUGAGGAAAUAAAUACGGAGCAUACGGCUUAUUUAAGUUACGAAAUUAACGGUGCGCAGUUUAUUCUUCAGCCAUUAGUAGACACCAGUGAAUCCUUAGUCGCAGUUGAAAAUGAUAUGCAGAGGGAUGGUGGUUUAAUUAAUGAAGUGGAAUUUCAAAAGGAAGAAGAACCUAUUCCUUUGGUUUGUCUCGACGGGCAAAUAUAUGCUUUUCAAAAUGGCGAGUUGCAGGAAUUAGACUUGAGUCAUUUGGUAGAUCAGAAUGAUCAAGUUAAUGAAAUUGAGCAGAACGAUGACAUUGUCAUAACAAAUGAUGUCGAACAUAGGGAAUCGGAUGAAUCUGAAUGUAUAGCACAUUUUGUUUCCGACGGGGAUCCGUUGAGAGAAAAUAUAGAUGACAGUGAUCAGAAAGAAUAUCAAGUUAUAUCUAAGGACGAUGAAAGAAAUCUUAUUGUUGGAAAACAUGGCUUAAAUGCCAAUGAUUUUGUUGAAGUUGUUACUGCUUUUAAGUGCAAAAUAUGCCCAUAUACUACUCAAGAUCGUUCGCAGCUUUUAGAACACUUUGAAAAUGUUCAUAUUAAUCCUUCUCCAGAAACAGAAGCGCAAGAGCAAGAGGAAUCUAAGAACGAGGAAGAAGUAAAACUGGUUUACAUGUGCGGAGAAUGCUCAAAUUGCUUCCCUUCUAUUGAAGACUGUCGAGAGCAUAUGAUAAAUGACCAUCAGCUUACGGAUCGAGAAGCUGAUAAUGGUUCGAGAGAUGUUACAAAAAGUGAUGACGGUGAUUCUAAAUUAUCAGUUAGUAAUUCUGGAAGUGGUGCCGAGACUAACGGUUCGAAACGACAAAUAAAGGUUCCUAAAGCUCUUAGUUCUGAAUAUGCUCAGAAUAAAAAAAUUGUUGACACAAAAGAGCGUAACGUUAAAUGCACAUACCGAGGUUGUCUCUAUAAGUUUAGUUCAGAAGAGACGAUGCAACAGCAUGCGAGUUGUCACGUAGAAUCUCAGAAUGUCAAUGUGUUUAGGUGUAACAUUUGUAGGGACAUGAAGUUUACUAAAUGGCGUCCUUGUAGUUUGCAUUUAUGGAAAAAACAUGAAAUCGACAUUGAUCUGUUAACGUGUAAGAUAUGCAAGGCGUAUAAAAGUGCAACAAUGGUGAAAUUACUGACGCACAUGAGAGUGCAUAGCGAAAGUCGGGAAUUUGAGUGCACAGAAUGUGGCAAAUGUUUUAAACAACCAAGUCAAUUGCGUAAUCAUCGGGUGAUGCAUAUUGAUCGUAAAACUGCUGAGCCACGUUGGUAUACAUCGAAGACCUGUGAAAUAUGUGGAAAGACAUAUGCAGAUUCGAAGUGCCUUAAAAAUCAUAUACAGGCAGUGCAUUCAAAACUUCGCCCUUACGUGUGCAACGUAUGUGGUCAUUCCAGUGCGAGAAAAGCAAUGUUGCAGAUGCACCUUCGACAGCACACGGGUGAUAAACCAUUUAAUUGCGAGCUCUGCGAAUACAAGACUGGAGAUCACAAUUCAUUGCGACGACACAUAAUGCGACAUACAGGUGUUCGUCCAUAUAAAUGUCCACACUGCCCAUAUUCAGCUAUACAGAGCAACAGUUACAAGAAUCAUCUGCGAUCUAAGCAUCCAUCGCUUUCUGGAUUGUUCACUUGUGAUCUUUGUUCGUUCAAAACCGUAAAAAAAGAAGGUUAUAUGCAACACAUUGGAGAUCACGAAAAAGGUUUAAUCAAGGCAAUUACUCAACAAAAAGAUGACGAGAAUGUUGAGGUUUUCCCAGGCAACAUAGCAGCAGCGCAAUUAAUUUACAGCUGCUUGGGUGCAUUUUCUAAAGUAGGAAAAACGAUAGAGGCUAACUUAAUGUCAUCGUCAACUUCUGCGGAUGGAACCUCCCAAACGAUCACAAUCCAAAUACCAUCGAAGCACCUUAAAGGAUCAUUACCUACAAUCGAAGACGCUGCGAAUAAUAGUUCUAUAGACCAAGAAGAUGAUGAGACGAUGCAUUGUUUCUUAAAAAUUCCUAAAGAGGAAGAAGAGAACAUUGACACAGGUGGCAUAACAAUACCUGCCGAACCUGAAGAACCAGAAUCCACAUUAAUGGACAUUGAGACAUGAAGACUUAAACGGAAGAUUGCCAACUUUAGGAUAUGGAAUCGUUCAGGUAAGAAAAAUGGUGAUAUAGAAUCGAGAGAAUCUAGUCAGACGUUACUUAUAUAGUAUUUGUGCGUGAUUCGCUCGAUUUAUUUAAGCUAAUGAUCAUCGCUAUUAGAAUUAACGUCUUAGAAAGGCAUAAAACGUGUUAACGGAUGAUUAUUCUGAACGAUUUGUAGUUUAUUUUCAUAAACUCCUCCGACUGAAAGCUAACGUCUGCUAUUAGUGGGUUAUUAUUGUAAAUUACAAUCAAUUGAAUGUCCAAGUAACGUACGGUUUUCAAGUUGUACUAAGUUGCUCUUACUUGAAGUGGACGCAUGUUGAGUUUGCUCAAUUCAAUUAUAUUUUGUUACGUUUUUAAGAUAGUA